UCCAGGUCCCUGUACCCUUACCGUCUCACACGCUGCGCCGGUCUCGGUCCUGGUCUUCACUGUCGCUCCCUUCCCUCCACCGUUUCCUUUAUCCCUUCCCUUCUCCGCCUGCCCCCACUUCUCGUCGUGAUGGCCGCAACCGUUAUGUUUCGUGCACGGCCCACCGUUUUUCAGAGCUACCGGCUGCUGCACAAGUUUUUGAAACAGGCCCAACUUUCUAACCCGGGGCAGAAGCCCUCCCUUCCCACGAUUUCACGGAGCCUUGCUGUUGAGGCCAAGAAGACAUAUAUAAGAGACAAACCCCAUAUUAAUGUUGGCACAAUUGGCCACGUGGAUCAUGGCAAGACUACACUGACAGCAGCAAUCACCAAGAUUUUGGCAGAGGGUGGUGGGGCCAAGUUUAAGAAGUAUGAGGAGAUCGACAAUGCACCAGAGGAACGAGCCAGGGGUAUUACCAUCAAUGCAGCCCAUGUGGAGUAUAGUACAGCCACUCGACACUAUGCCCAUACUGACUGUCCUGGCCAUGCUGACUAUGUUAAGAACAUGAUUACUGGCACAGCCCCACUGGAUGGCUGCAUCCUGGUGGUGGCAGCCAAUGAUGGCCCCAUGCCUCAGACAAGGGAGCACCUUCUGCUUGCCAAACAGAUUGGUGUGGAGCACAUGGUAGUGUUCGUGAACAAGGCAGACGCUGUCCAGGACAAUGAGAUGGUGGAACUAGUAGAGCUAGAAAUAAGGGAGCUGCUUACUGAGUUUGGCUAUGAUGGGGAGAAGACUCCUGUCAUUGUUGGUUCUGCCCUCUGUGCCCUUGAGCAACGGCAGCCAGAGUUAGGGGUGAAUGCUGUAAUGAAACUGUUGGAUGCUGUGGACACUCAUAUUCCUGUGCCUACUCGGGAUCUGGAGAAGCCCUUCCUGCUGCCAGUGGAAUCUGUUUACUCUAUCCCUGGCCGAGGCACAGUGGUGACAGGGACUCUGGAAAGAGGAACUGUGAAGAAGGGAGAUGAAUGUGAAUUCCUGGGUCACAGCAAGAAUUUUCGCUCUGUGGUCACAGGAAUUGAAAUGUUUCACCAGAGUCUGGAACGAGCUGAGGCUGGAGAUAAUCUUGGUGCAUUAAUUCGGGGGCUGAAGAGGGAAGAUGUUCGACGAGGCAUGGUGAUGGUUAAACCAGGCUCCAUUCAGACCCAUCAGAAAGUUGAGGCUCAGGUUUACAUUCUCAGCAAGGAGGAAGGUGGCCGCCACAAGCCAUUUGUGUCACACUUCAUGCCUGUCAUGUUCUCUCUUACAUGGGAUAUGGCCUGCCGGGUCCUUCUACCCCCAGAGAAAGAGAUGGCCAUGCCUGGAGAAGAUCUGAAACUAAACUUAAUCUUAAGACAACCCAUGAUCUUGGAGAAAGGUCAGCGUUUUACCCUGAGGGAUGGUGGUAAAACCAUUGGUACUGGCCUGGUCACUAAUAUAUCAGCUAUGACUGAAGAGGAUAAGGACAUUAAGUGGAGCUGAGCUCAACUCUGGCCUUCUUUCUGUCAUUGGUACCUCACUGCCUUGAGUUAAGAAACUCAAGAACAGAAGUGAAAAAUUGCCGUCAGGCUUUUCCUGCCAUCUCCAGCAAUGCUGUCUCCUGGGACUGAGGGGCCUAAAAAGUGUUGUGUGAAUGGUGGAGCACAACAUGUGUAGUAACUUGCUAUUGUACAGAUUAAAAGAUUGGCCAUUGGCCUUUGUUACCUUGAAAUA